AAACAUGGAUUAUUCUAAGCCUACAGAUGAUGGUGAGAAACAUCCAGCAGCGCCACCUCCUGUAGGCCCUCAUGACGUGCACCCUGUACCGCCGACCAACCUGAAUGUUCAGGGCGCCGGCCCUCCCGCCCGGUGGACCACCGGCCUUUUCGACUGUUUUGAAGAUGUCCCCAAUAGUAUCAUAACAUGUUUCUGCCCCUGCAUAACAUUUGGACAGGUUGCGGAGGUUGUUGAUAGAGGCUCAGUUUCAUGCGGAGCGAGUGGUGCAUUGUACACGCUGAUAGCAGUGGUGACGGGAUGGCCGUGCCUGUACUCAUGCUUCUACCGCACAAAGAUGAGGCGCCAGUACGGGCUUCCUGAAAUCCCGUGCCCCGAUAUCCUCAUCCACUGCUGCUGCGAGCCCUGCGCUCUUGCUCAAGAGUACCGCGAGCUCAAAAACCGUGGAUUCGACAUGAAUCUCGGAUGGGACGGCAAUGCUAAUAAGCAGAACCAAGGUAUCACAACGGCCCCGGUUGUUGAAGGAGGGAUGAACAGAUGAGUUGUGCAUACAUAUACUUAUACAUAUAAUCCGUUCAUUUAAUUAAAUAAUUACCCACCACAUUAGGCUCUUUUUGGUCUUGCCAAGGUAGGUUGUAUUUUUGUGGAAAACGUAACUUCUUUUUUCUCAUUCUUUCUUGAAUUUAUCGAUGUACAAAACGAAUCCAUGAAAAUAAAUUCAUUCGAUUUGUAUUGUUGAUCUA